AUGGAUGCCAAUGACUCAACUCAGUCUCCCCCAUCCUCCAUGGUUUCCACAUCGUCGCCAGCUCCGGGCAAAGUUCAAAAGUCUGGAAGACGACAGAGUACUAUGCAAGCAGCACCUGAAAACAUAGCACGGGCAUUGGAAAAUAUGCCAGACAAGGUUAAACUCGAGGAUGGGACACCGAACUUGAUUUCAGACUUCUCUUCACAGCUCGGGGUAGAUGGUUCACACACAUCUCCCGCUGCGUCUGCACACAACCAAAAGGCACCAUCGCCCACAGAAACUACUAAGCAAGGCUCGCAGUCUCCCCAAGUAUCAGGCUGCUGCUCUCAAAAGCAAAAGCCGAAAUCGCCCACCCCGACCCCAGUUCCUACUGCGGCUGUUGCUCCGGCUCAGAAUGGUGGAUCUUGCUGCGGAGGGUCUCGCCCUUCCACGACAAACCAAGCCAUGUACUCACAGGCUGACCAGCAGCAAUUCCAACAACCUCUUGCUUGGGGUGAUCAGAGUUACAUGCAAUUCCCCGUGCCCCAAAUGUCCCCAUGGCAGAAUUCCUCAAUCCCCACGCCUGGAGACUACAUGCAUUCCGCCAUGCACCAAGCACAUUCCCAACAACCAAGCCUCCAUGAUGGGUAUAUGGGGAUGAUGCUGCCACACUCUCAGCCGCAAAUACCCCCAACAGGGAUUUCAUACGGUGUUACUUCGCCGCCGUCCAUGGCAUACUCCAACCCCAUGAGCGGUCUUGGAAUCACACAGCCAUCCAUGGGUCCAUACAUGCUAAAUAACAUUGAGCCCUCCUACGAUGCCCCGCCAGGAGGCGAUCCUUGUCACGACUGUAGAUGCGGAGAGGACUGCCAGUGCCUUGGCUGUGCUGCUCAUCCAUUCAAUACCACGACACGGAAACAUGUCCAAGAGAUGGGUGCUAUAAUCACCUCCAACGGCGAUGACAAGAGUCCGGAAGUCAUCAACCCUUACCAAGCCUCGCCUUACCAUGGAGGUACCCCUUCCACCCCAUUCCCCUACUUCAUGCAAAGCACUCCUUCAAUGGACCAUGGCUUCCAGCCGAUUCCAUUUGAUAGCUAUUCGGACCCAAAUUCCACCCUAGCCAGCGGUUACUCCUCGCCUCUGUCGGCAAAUCACCAACUGAACCAGCAGUUGAUGCAUCCUUCUGAGUAUUACACACUGGAGUACCCAGUCGGGCUACCAAACGCCUGUUCUGACACCACGGGAAGCUGCCAAUGCGGCAGUGACUGCAGCUGUGUCGGCUGUCUUACACACAGCGGCCACAACGGCCUCUCUCUGGACGCGCCUAUCCCUGAGCACCCCAUUUCCAACACAGAGGACAAGCAAACUCAACCUUCGCGCCACGCUCCUCACCCAAGUUCCGCUACAUCUCAAUCUUCGCGGAUCCCGGUACUAGACAAUGUGUCUGUGCCCUGCCUCAGUCCGCGGACUUUGGAGACUUCCAUGAUCUAG